AUGAGUAAAUCUAAUGAAGAAAUUCGAUACAUUUUAAAAUUUUACUACAAAAAAGGUAAAAAUACAACGCUAGCCGCGAAAAAAAUUUGCGAUGCCUAUGGACCUAGUGCAGUGUCUGUGAGAGUAGCACAAAUUUUGUUUAAGCGUUUUCAAUCCGGCAAUUUUUAUGUUAAUGAUGCACGUCGCUCUGGUCGCCCUAUUACGGAGAAAAUGGAUGACAUUUUUGAAAAAGUGGAGCAAGAUCGGCAUAUCAGUAGUUACGACGUAGUCCAAGAAGUUUGCACAUUGCCGGCAUUAACUGGCGAAAGUGCAGAUUACACACUGAGAUGGUUCUACGACACAUCAAAGAGAAGAUGUCGCCAAUUCUAUUAUGGAGGAUGUGGUGGAAAUGGAAACAACUUUAUAAGCGAACGCCAAUGUGAAGAUCGUUGCUCGGAACAAGUCGUUGUUACAACGAUAGCACCCAUCGCUACACCACAAACAUCUGAUCCUGUGGACGAUCCUGCUGGAAUCAGCAAUGUACCAAAUGAGAUCAUUUAUGGAAGCCUGGGAGAACCACUCAAUAUCCGAUGUCUUGCAUUUGGCUACCCUCCACCAUCCAUCUAUUGGUACAAAGGAAAAAGUGGCCCAAUGAUUCCAUACAGCAGUACACUGUAUGAGACAAGAGGAAAUGUGUUACAAAUUCGUCAGUUGAACGCAGAGACGCUCGGAGAAUAUAUUUGCCAAGCUUAUAAUGGUUUUGGAAAACCAGCUGAAUGGGCCUUUGAAGUGCAAGAACUGACAGCUAAACCUAUUGAAAACUAUAUAGAUCCUCUUUUGUCUCUGCCGUCCCAAGAACCUCAAACUGAAGGAACGACUACACAGGCGCCUAAAAUUGAAGUACCUGUUUAUACUGUACCUGUGACGACGAGGAUAUUAGCUGAAGCGAGCCAAGUGUCUGCUGGGACAGUGAUCACAGUGCCUUGCGAGGUUGACGGAUACCCUGUACCUGUAGUUAGAUGGUCAAAGGAUAAUGUUCCUUUAGAGUCAAGCAAUAGAAUACAGAUGACCGAGGGGCGCCUGACGAUAUCCCACGCGAACACAAAUGACACUGGAGAAUACGCGUGCGAAGCCAGCAACGAUUAUAGCUCGCACUCAUCCAUAGUUUGGAUUAUUGUUGAAGGAAUGUAUAUCCCGCCGACCUGCAAGGACAAUCCCUACUUCGCUCUGUGUCACCUCAUCGUGCGCAGUAACCUCUGCCAUAGCAUAUACUAUUCACGGAUCUGUUGCAAAUCGUGUGUGGAAGCCGGGCAGCUAGUUCCUUCCGAGCUGGAACUGAUGCAGGGUGACGAAUCCUUCAAAAAGAAGUAG